GCCGCCUGCUCGCAAUGCGGCUUGUUUUAUUCUGGAUGAGGCUGAUAUCUCCAUGUCGGCUGAACUUGAAUUCUCAGAGAAUCCAACACAGGACUUUGGGAUAUGUGAAAAGAAGAAGUUUCGAUUGGUUGUGGCGCCGGCCUCAAUUCAGCGACAGGCAAUAUCGAGGUGUUCGACAUUUAUCCCGUCAACUCCCUAAGUCGCAUCUAGCAAAGUAUCACCUUUGAUACGAACGUCUUAGAGGAUGGUUUGAAUGCUUGAUGAGUUAACGUGCAUAUAUCUGGAGGAGCAGCGAGGUAGGAAC